AUGUCACUUGGGUGGUGGAGCCACUGGGAGAGGGCACUCUCUUCUACUUCACACAGACAGACGGCAUGCGCCCAGCUGCCGCUUUCGAUCGAAAAGCUGGUCCAGGAGUCGCCCUUUGCGCUCGACGGCAAGGUGUACACAGGCACCCGCAAAACCACUCUGUUUGCCAUCGACACACAGACAGGCGAAAUCGUACAGAGCUUUGGAGGCGACCUGUCGGGGGUCCGAACGGAGCGGGAAGACGAGCCCGAGUACGGCUCCAAUGCGUCCGGAGUCAUCAUGAUCGGACGAACACAGUACGAUCUGUCCAUCUAUCGUCAGGGUGCGUCAGUGUGGAAUGUGACAUAUUCUACAUGGGGGCCCAACAACAGAGACAUUGAUCUGGCCCGACAACACUCGGUAUCAAUGGACAACUUGUAUGUGACGCCGUUUCACGAAAAGCUGCUUGUUGGCGUGGAAACCACUCUGGGAUACAGACCUCAUUGGGAGACGUACAUCCCGAGCUGUGUCAUCAACGUCUUUGACAUUCUAAAGGACAAGCGGGGUGCAAGUGACGAUGGACAUGGACAAGACGUUUCCAACGUGCUGCUCCCCCAGCCACGGGUCGAGGCUCCUCAAAACGGCCAUGUUCCUGCCAUCUACGUGCACCAAGCAGCGGAUGGCGGCUUCUUUGCCAUCUCCGAGCACUACUUCCCGUAUCUCGUCAAGUCUGCUCCUUUGUCAAAGUGGUCCACGUCGUCGUACAGUUCAUAUCCCAAGGAUCGGUUUGCACAAAACCUCGCGGAUAUCAUUUGUGGCGUGCACGACUCGUACUACAUGGUGCGACGAGUGAGUCCCGACAAGGACGAAAUGCUGCUGUUGAACCCCGCAGGUAGUCAGGCGCUGAUUGAGGGUCAACGAUAUGACGGUGUGAGGGACGGCAUGUCUCCUCGGUACGGCAAGGAGGGCCAGCAGCAGGGAGACAAACGUGGAGACAGCGGCGAUUCUACUACUGCGGGUUUCACCUUGUUGUCGCUUUUGCUGCCGCUUCUCGAGAGUCCCAUUACCGCUCUCUUGCUGCGGAUAGUGGAGAACAUUCUCACCGUGGUGGUCAUUCUGGGCAUUGUCUAUGCUGCGAUCCGGUUUGAUUUUGUGCCUCCUCAGGUGAAGGAGAUUAUUGACGCUAUUUCAGCUCUUAGAAAGGGUGCUGCAAGGGAAGUGGGGGAGAAAGACUCAGUGGAGAAGGAGGAUAAGGUGGAGAAGGUGGAGAGGGAGGAGAAGGAACAAAAGAAAGAUAACGCUACGAUUGUGUUAGACAAGGUAGAUGUGAAGGACAAGGUGGAUGAAAUUGUGGUGGACAAGAUGGAUGUGAGAGAAGAACUGAAGGAAGGGGCCGUGGACGAGACAAAGGUGGACGAGACGAUGGAGGAGACGAAGGAAGCAACGAAGGACGAAACAAAGGACGAAACGAAGGACGAAACGAAGGACGAAACGAAGGAAGAGACGAAGGACGAGACAAAGGACGUCAAUGGUGUCGACGUGGAGAAAACAGAAGAAAAGUUUUCCAAGGAGGUCGUGAGCGAAGUCAAUGCUGUUGAAAACAACUCAGCAGAAAACGACAGUAGCGAUCUACAACCUCUAACCUCUGACGACACCCCUUCCGCUGACACUCUGUCGACCCCUUCGACCCCCAAGGUCAAGUUUGGGGACGUGUCUGUGGUUGCUGACAAGAACAACAGCGAUAGCGAAUCGGAGGAGUCGAAUCUGGCCGAGUCCAUAACCUCUCUCAACGGCUCUAGUCUCUCCAAGUCGUCUUCCACCGCGUCAAUCACAGGCAUGACGCCCAAGAAGCGGAAGAGAGGCAGUCGUGGAGGCCGACGAAACCAGAAGAACAAGGAAGUACCUUCUACGGCUGCGGAUGGAGUCAUCACUUCGCCAAACUCUGCCGCCGACCUCACACAGGUUGCAGCAGAAAAGUCCGGGCCCAUUGUCAUUGACAACUCAAUCCAGACGCUCUCGCAGCCAGUCUCCGAGCAGGCCGACGACAUUCAGUUCCAGAGCUCAGUGCUAGUGGUCUCCAAGGAGAUUAUUGGCAAGGGUAGUCAUGGAACAAUUGUGUACAAGGGUACGUUUGAGAAUCGGGAGGUUGCGGUCAAGAGAAUGCUGGUGGACAAUUACGACGUGGCAUCUCAUGAGGUUUCUCUCCUACAAGAAUCGGACGACCAUCCCAACGUGAUCCGCUACUACUGCAAACAGCAAAACAAUCAUUUUCUGUACAUUGCGUUGGAGUGGUGUCCCGGCACUCUGGAGGAUGUGUUUGAAGACUCGAGCGACAAGUUCCCUGGCGUCAAGGAGAAUAUGAACCACGUGACGGUGUUGGAGCAGAUUGCCGAGGGCGUCAAGUACCUGCACUCUCUCAAGAUUGUGCAUAGAGAUAUCAAGCCUCAGAAUAUUCUGGUAGCCCCUGUGAAGAAGCGGCGUGCAAAGAAGGCCAACCCGGACGACAAGUAUGCUGUGCGCAUGCUAAUUUCGGACUUUGGCCUGUGCAAGCGGCUGGAGAACGACCAGUCGAGUUUCCGCGCCACUACCGCCAACGGAGGAGCAGGCACUUCUGGCUGGCGGGCUCCCGAGGUGCUCAAUGACGAUUCCAACCGACGAGCCACGCGGGCACUUGACAUUUUCUCUCUCGGAUGUGUGUUCUUCUACGUACUUACAGGCGGUAGUCAUCCGUUUGGAGACCGGUACCUCAAGGAGAGCAACAUUAUCCGGGGCAUUUACAAUCUGGACGCUUUGGACGAGGCCAUUCCUCACUUGGCAGUUGAGGCUCGCGACCUCAUCACCCAUAUGAUCUGCAGAGACCCGUCCAAGCGCCCCUCAGCCGAGGAGGUGUGUCGACACCCGCUGUUUUGGAACCACAAGGAGCAGCUGGAUUUUCUGCUGGAGGUGUCUGAUCGGUUUGAAAUCGAGCCGCGGGAUCCUCCGUCGGAACUGCUGAUGCAGCUAGAGCGGGACGCGCCGUCAGUCGUGGGCUCCAACUGGCAGGAGCAGCUGGAUCCUCUGCUGCUCGAAAAUCUUGGCAAGUACCGAAAGUACCAUGGCGACCGGGUCAUGGAUCUGUUGCGGGCGUUCCGAAACAAGUACCACCAUUUCAACGACAUGCCGCCGGAGCUGCAGAAGCUCAUGUCUCCGCUGCCCAAGGGGUACAUGGAGUACUUUACCAGCCGGUUCCCUAACCUGUUGAUGAGUAUCUACUACGUUGUCAAGGACAAUCUGCGUCACGAGCACGCGUUUGAGCGGUUUUUUGAGGAUCAUUAG